CCCAAACCAGCUACACCCUGGGCGGGGCUUUCUGUCGGCAGGGUGCCGGACUCAGGUAGUUCUUUGGCUCUGCAUGAAGUUCGGACCAGCAGGGACUACAGAGCCGCCUGCUGAGAGCCAUCUCUCGUCCCCACUUCCUGCAGCCAGAGGAGCCAUGGCCAGAGCCCAGGGCUCCUUCUUCUUCCCCAUGGCGCACGUCAUCCUCUUCGUCUUCAUCACUUCCACCCUCUUCCACCUGCAACAGCGACUGAUGCAGACUGAACCCAGGCGGAAGGGACAGAAGCUACAGUCAGCACUGCCACCGCCUGGAAGUGAGAGGCUGGCGGCCCCGAAGCUGGAAGGCAUGUGGACGAUCAACGCCAUCGGCCGCCUGGGGAACCAGAUGGGCCAGUACGCCACGCUGUACGCCCUGGCCAAGAUGAACGGCCGGCCCGCCUACAUCCCCGCAGUCUUCAAGCCCGAGGCGGCCUUCCUGCCGGAGUGGGUGGGCAUUGCAGCUGACCUGUCCCCGUUGCUCAAGCACUGA